AAAGUCUGGCAAAUCCCGAGUAACACCGGACACAAAAGUGCAGACAAAAGCUGUAUCGAUGAAGCCUUCGGGUGGUACGUGUCAUAAAACACGGAACAGUUUCCUCGCUCGAUCGAGUACCGUUUACUUUUCUCAAACCUUUUUUGUUAGCGUUUUGAUACCCAUCGAAAAAAAUCUGCCAAAUAUGGAGAUUACCUUUGAAAUACGGGUGUCGAAGGUGAGUCACGACCUGGAAAAUACAGCGAAGUGAAGUGAAUUAUGCAACUAUUUAGUAUAUAAGAAUUCCUCCUGAUUCAUGCCACAAAGCUUCAGGAAUUACCAUAACAAAAGUUGACCAACAACCGUGAUAGUGUAAGCAUUAUAUUCAGCAAGGAUAAUGCCGCUUAAGCCUAUGCACCGUGCGGCGAAUGCCAAACACCUUACAUGACUGCGUAUGACUUAUCGCAGAUCGAUAACUAUACAGCAAACAUAUUGGCCUACUUAUCAAAUGCUAUGAACUAAAGUUUGCUGCAGACGUCACUGCGAUAUUGUAUUGAGUUCGGUAAAUGUCAGGCCGAAAUGCUAAAGAUCAUUUUUGGUACGGUGCUGCUCGUGCGCCCAUUGGCCUACACAUUUGGCAUUGCUGGCGUUAACCGUACGACAAAGUGAGAACUGUAUAGGCUUAAAAAGCUUGUUUCAGACGGACUCAAGGACUUUGUUAAACCAUGGAGCUAAGCCCUAGUUAUAUCUGUGGCAACAGAGUUUCCAGUUUACGUAACUGAUGUUUGAUGUUGGACACCAGACUACGUUGGCAUAAACAUGUGGAGAUUGUGACUUUUGGAAUAGUAUUACUGUUUUAUGCACACCAUAGUCCAUAGGCUUACCACGUGAGCAAGGUACUUCAGCCAUGGAUGGAACAAAAUCCUUGUACCAUGAUGAAUACAGCGAUGAUUUUCUGGAAGGCGGAAACUCCACCGAUGGCUCCCUCCCGUUCGAAUUCAGCGACUACAACCAGCGAGUGUUGGUGGCCGUCCUGUACCUGAUCGCUUCCGUUCUGGGAAUCAGCGGCAACUCGCUGGUCAUCAUGGCCGUGAUUUUGUCCAGGAAGCUCCGCACGACCACCAACGCGUUCGUGGUGAACCUGAGCGUAGCUGACCUUUUGACAUCGGUGGUAAUUAUCUGGGAUGCCGUUGAGUUGCUGGGUAAGGACGGCCAACCGAUUAGCGACUGGAUUUGUAGGGUGGUAUCUGGCACCCAGACAAUCACGACCGGCUGUAGCAUCUACACAUUGGCCUUAAUCGGCCUACAACGCCUGCUACUGAUCACACGACCAAUGACUACCUAUCGUGCCAUCUACACACCGAAUUUUAAGAUCGUUUUGUGGUUGGUAGCGGCUUGGUCUGUCUCGCUGCUUGUAACCGUCCUUCCACUGCUCUUUGGCGUGGGUGGCGUAGGCUACAACCCAAAGUACCACCAUUGCGGGUUCAUGUCAUCUCACCCCCUUUCAACUUAUUACAACAUCAUCAUAGCUGGGGCUCUGUACCCCAUCCCUCUGAUUAUCAUUGUAGUUUGCUACGUGCUCAUCUGGUUGCACCUCAACCGUCAUGCCAAGAGGAUGGUCAGUCCCCCGGACAAAUCCUGCGAUUCCAUCCACAUGGAGCCCAGAUCGGUGACUUCCACAACGAGAAGCCUAAGCGAACUUCACCGUGCAGCCAGCCAACCCCGUUUGGAUCGCCGACAAAACGAGAUCACGAAGAACAUGUUCUACGUCGUCUGUGCUUUUAUUCUCUGCCUGACCCCUUUCGCGAUUUGUCUUUUCUAUGAGUACAGCGAUCCGGUCCUGCCGUAUGCUACGGUUACGUUGGUCUUCAACGGCUGUGUGAACCCUCUGAUCUACGCCACCAAACACCGUGACUUCAAGACAGUCUUCGGCUGCAUCUUGCGUCGUCGGUGGAACAGCAUCCCAGAACCCUCGGACUUUCUGAAAGCCAUGAGACGGACUAAUUGUUGCGGGGACAGUGAUGAAAACUCAUGGGUGUAAACCGACAACACUGCAGCCAUCUUGCGGUGAAAAGUACAGGCGGCAGGAUCCGCUCUCAAAACGAACAGCUAGUCCAUGGGAAGAUCAGAUGUCGGUAUCUGAGGCCGGCAAAACUUUAAUGGUGGCACAUUACUUGUUUUAUUACCAUAAGU